GGUGCUGCUCGUGUGUUGAGCAAAAAUGGCAUCAACGGUGUUGACGCAGCCACGGCAGUGCUAAGCUUGCUGUGCUGAAGACGAAUCUUGCCUCUGUCUUUCUCUUUGACCCCCGCAUCUACUCAUCACAGAAGAUCUCUGGUCGCAGCACGUGCCGUAUCCCCUUCUGGCCCUCCAGCGCAACUCAACUCAUCGCUCAUGAGUGAUCUGGAGUGUUUCACCUUUCCCAAGUACGAAACCAAGAAGAUAGGCGGCGGCAACUAUCGCCUCAUCGUGCUCGACCCAGCCCUCGCUCACUACAACGUCCGCAAGUGGACUGGCAGACGGGGCGCAUCGGAAUUCGCCGGCGAGCAGCCUGACCUUCCUGCACCAGCGAGAGGUCGGCCUGCUGGAGAUGUGCGGUGGGACGAUGAGAUAGAUGAGGAUGUGGAGGGCGUGGAGCAGGAGGGCGACCAGUGGAUCUGCCGCGUACAUGCCCUCCCGGAGACAAGAGGCGCGGUAAGUCCGACCAACAAUACGCGCCAUGGAAGCGAAGCACUCAUCGCAUCGUGUGUGACGCUUUCUGUGCCCUUCGUUCGUGUGUGUAUCAUUCAGAUAGUGGGCAAGCAGGGGCAGCGGCGCAAGAGGCUGGAGGAGGCCAACCAGGUCCGCAUCAAGAUCCCCGGCCCAGAUGCGUCUGCAGACGAGCCGGUGGUUAUCACAGCGCCCAUGAAGGAGUCGGUCCUGUCAGCCAAGGCCGAGGUAGAGAUCAUCAUCGAGCGUGAGAUGGACCGCCUGCCCUACACACACUUCAUUUCCCUCCCACUCACCGGCGGCGACGUCGUCUCACGAGUGGAAAAGUGGCAGCAGGACGCCAUGCGCCGCGGCUACCGCAGCAUCGACGGGAGCCUCUUCAUGCCUGCGAGGCGGCUUCACUUUACUGUGUGCAUGCUGCGGCUGCACACUCAGGCGCAGGUGGACAAAUGCGCCCAGCUGCUCCAAUCGCUGUCCAAGGACAUAUAUGACGCCGUCAACACCAGGACGGUGCUGGUGCGGCUCAAGGGCUUGUUCAUCCUCAAUGACGAUCCAUCCAGGUGGGUUGGGUGAGCGACACACACAGAUGUUCUCUGUUUGUGCUGUCACGUCACUUGUGUCAUCCAUCCAUCCAUCCAUCUGUCUGUCAGUGUGGACGUGGUGUACACGGGCGACCGUGAGAAGAAGGAGGUGCAGCAGCGCAUCAACGCCAUGUGUGACGUCAUCUUCAAGGCCCUCAUCCACGAGGGCCUCACGUCGCCGAGCGAGCUGCACCGGCAGCGGCUGCUCGACACAUCUGGCACCUCAGCACACCUCAACCUCCACGCCACACUCAUCAACACCAAAUACAGAUACAAAAAGGUCAGCCUGGCAGGCACCGAACACAUCCUCUCUGCAUCAAUCGCAUCAUGGAUGUCCCUGCUCUUCUCUCUCUCUGUGUGUCGUCAGGCCGCCGUGCCGCCGCCCUCUCCCUCCCCGGAUGCUGAGUAUGCGGAUGACCCAGACUGCUCGCAGCCCACCCGCGGCCGCACCAAUCGACCUCGCGGCAGAGGGGGCGGCCCGCCCUCCGCCAUGCCGCCAGGAGAGCCCAUCGAUGCCACCGGGCUGCUGCGGGACUUCGCCAAUGCGGUGGACUAUGGUGAGGUGCGUGUGCCUGGUGUGCAUCUGUCGAGGCUGGAUGCAUUUGACGAGUCAGGGUACUAUGAGAAGGUCGCCGCUGUGGCACUGCCUUAGUGCAGUGCAUGCAUGUGUGUGUGUGCCGUGAGCAAGCCUUUAUGCUGACAGGGGUGUUUUGUGUUGAAGUUGCCUAUGAGAUUUGAUGGUCUUAUCGUGCCGCACGCUUUGGAUUAUAUCGUUGGACCUCAUAAGAUCGCUCUGCAGUGUCUGUCUGCUCUUCUUUUCGUCUGAUUCGUCGUGGGACACGAUGAAAGUCUCUCUCAUUCGACGCAGGCUUGCUUGCUUUGUUUCUGUCUAUGUAUCGAUGUAUCUAUCUCGCUGCUGGUCGUUCUGUUGUCAUAUUCACUGCUGGCUUUCCUUGUCUUUGCACUG